GGAGGAGCUGGGCGGGGCCUGUGCCUGGUGAGGUGGUCAGAGGUGGAAGGGGGUGCUGAACCUUGAGAGGAGGGGGAGGGUCCCGUGCCGGAGGAUGAGGGCGGGGCCGCGAGCCUGGGGAGGUAGGAGCGGCCUGUCCUGGCCCCGCCGUUCUCCUGUUUGCCAUGAAGCAGCUGUGCCUGUGCGCAGUUACGUCCUCCUCCGCGGUUUCAGAGACGCCGUCUCGAAGCCCCCAGCCCAGGACCACCUACCCCACAGCUCCGGCUCAGCCCCACCGACCUCGGCUCCUGCCCGCCCUGUGGCCCGUGCCCUAUCCCGAAACCCGCAGCCAGAGGCAGGCGUCAGGGCCAAGACUGGGGCAAAAGCGACCAGCGCCUGCUUCAGGCUGUGGAGAACAACGAUGUCGCCAGAGUGGCCUCGCUGAUCGCCCACAAGGGGCUGGUGCCCACAAAACUGGACCCCGAGGAUUCCACUUAGCAGCCAUGAGGGGUUCGGCGGGCUGCCUGGAGGUGAUGCUGGCUCAGGGCGCUGAUGUCAUGAGCACGGACGGAGCAGGUUACAAUGCCCUUCACCUGGCAGCCAAGUAUGGGCACCCUGAGUGCCUGAAGCAACUCCUGGAGGCUUCCUGCGUGGUGGACGUUGAGGACAGCAGUGGGUGGACAGCCCUACACCAUGCAGCGGCUGGUGGUUGUCUCUCCUGCUCAAAGCUGCUCUGUUCCUUUAAGGCACAUAUGAACCCCCGGGACCGGUCGGGCGCCACGCCCCUCAUCAUAGCGGCUCAGAUGUGUCACACAGAUCUGUGCCGCCUCCUCCUACAGCAGGGGGCUGCCAUAAAUGACCAGGACCUGCAAGGCAGGACAGCCUUGAUGCUGGCGUGUGAGGGGGCCAGCCCCGAGACCGUCGAGGUGCUCCUGCAGGGUGGGGCCCAGCUGGGCAUCACUGAUGCACUGGGCCAGGACGCCACUCACUACGGGGCCCUGACUGGGGACAAAGUCAUCUUGCAGCUUCUACAGGAGUGUGCCGGGCGCCCUUCCCCUCCCAGUGCCUCUUUAGAGGAUGAUUCCGGAGAGGCCUCAUCUCAGAACUCAGUGUCCAGCCAUGAGAAGCGAGGGGCCCCCAAGAAGAGGAAGGCACCCCAGCCUCCGGCCAGCACACCUGUUCCUGACGACCGGGAUGCUUAUGAGGAGAUCGUGCGCCUCAGGCAAGAGAGAGGCCGGCUCCUGCAGAAGAUCAGGGGCCUGGAACAGCACAAGGAGCGAAGAAGGAAGGAGCCCCUGGAGGCAGAGGCCAGCUCAGUACACAGCCUGGAGAGACAGGUGCAGGAGCUGCAACAGCUGCUAGCAGAGAAGCAGGAGGAGAAGGAGAGCCUGGGCCGGGAGGUAGAGAGCCUGCAGAGCCGCCUGUCCCUGCUGGAGAAUGAGAGAGAAAACACCAGCUAUGACGUAGCCACCCUGCAGGAUGAGGAGGGCGAGAUGCCGGACUUCCCAGGAGCUGAAGCAGUGCUGUCAAAGAAUCUGAGUCCAUCGGCUGAGGAGAUAGUGGCUUCCCUACAGGAGCAGGUGGCUCAGCUCACCAGGAAGAACCAGGAGCUGCUGGAGAAGGUCCAGAUCCUUGAGGAGUUUGAGAAGGACGAGGCACAGAUGGUGGAAGACAGUCAGCCUGACGUCGUCCCCCUAGUCCUGUACGACUCCCUUCGGGCAGAGCUUGAGCAGCUCCGGCGGCAGCACGCAGAGGCCAUGCAUGAGCUGCAGCAGCAGAGGGCGCUGCCCAGGGCUCCUGGGGAAGAGACCGCACACCCGGAGAGCAAGGACAAGGGUAUCACCAUCCAGAAUGGACCCAGUGUCAAUGGCACCACGUAUCCAGAUACCACUGCAAAUGGAACUGAACUCCAAGCCGGAGGCUCCGUGAGCAUCGUGAACAGCGAAGCCAGGCUUUCAGAAGUGGCACCCACGGAGCCUCAGGCUGCAGGUUCAGAGGCCACGGGGAAAGAUGGAGUGUCAGCGGAGGCCAUGGACACUAGAGCCGCUGUGACUGAGGCCCAAGAUGCGAAAGCUGUAGGCGACAAUGCUGAAAGUGAGCCAGUGGCGGCAGAGGCUUCGGGCAGGAAAGAGAAUCCAGGAAUGAAGACUGAUGGAGAGGAUGCGGAACAAGCAGGGCUCCCGGCACCAGGGAUGAGAAACAUGGAGGCCACCAGAGCAGAGGCCAAGGAAGUGCGGGAUACGGGAGUGCAGGCCACAGGCGCACAGGCCACGGAAGUGAAGACCACGGGAGUGCAGGCCACAGUGGCGGACGUUAUAGGAGUGAAGGUCACAGGAGUUCAGGCAACAGAAUCCACAGCAGUGGAGGCCAACACCGUGGAGGCCACAGGAGCCGAGGCUACUGGAGCGCAGGCCAUGGAGGCAGCAGACAGCACAGGAGCGCAGGCCACGGCAGUGGAGGCCACUAGCACGCAGGGAACUGUGACGGACGCCACUGGCGCCCAGCCCACGGCACUGGAGGCCACGGGCGCGCAGGCCCCUGGGACGGAGGAGGCCACGGACCCCUGCGCUGAGGUCCUGCCCCCGGGGGCGGCGGCGGCUGCGCUGCAGGCCGAGCUGGAGACCCGGAUCCGCGGCCUGGAGGAGGCGCUGCGCCGGCGGGAACGGGAGGCGGCGGCCGAGCUGGAGGCCGCGAGGGGCCGGUUCGCCGAGGCGGAGGCGGAGGCGGAGGAGGCGGCGCGGGGGCGGAGCCGCGAGCUGGAGGCGCUCCGGGACCUGCUGGCCACGGCCACGGCCACGGGCGAGCGCGCAGGCGCGGAGGCCGCCGAGCUGCGCCGGGCGCUGUCGGUCGCCGAGGCUCAGGCUGCGGAACUCAGGGCCGCCCUCGCCGCCGCCCGCGAGGAGCUGGAGCGCGUGCGCGGGGCCUCGGUGCCUGCGGACGAGCACGAGCACGCGCUGGGUGCCCUGCGUGAGCACGUGGCCCAGCUGCAGGCGCAGCUGGCGGAGCUGGCGCGCAGACACGAGAGGACGAGCGCGGAGGUCUUCCAGGUGCAGCGUGAGGCAUUGUUUAUGAAGAGCGAGAGGCACGCGGCCGAGGCCCAGCUGGCCACGGCCGAGCAGCAGCUCCGCGGGCUUCGUACAGAGGCCGAGAGGGCGCGCCAGGCCCAGAGCCGUGCCCAGGAGGCCCUGGACAAAGCCAAGGAGAAGGACAAGAAGAUCACAGAUCUGUCCAAAGAAGUCUUUGCACUGAAGGAGGCUCUGAAGGCGCAGCAGGCACCCCCAGCCAGCUCCAAGGAGGAGGAGGAGGCCCUUCGAGGCCAAGUGACAGCUUUGCAGCACAGGAUGGAGGAGGAGGCCCGGGAGCAUGGCGCUGUGGUGGCCUUAUACCGAAGUCAUCUCCUGUAUGCCAUUCAGGGACAGAUGGACGAGGACGUACAGUGCAUUCUCAGCCAGAUCCUGCAGAUGCAGCGGCUGCAGGCGCAGGGCCGCUGAGGACUCAGCUCAGACGUUCAGUCUCCAUCCUUCACCUCUGCAAGCUGAAGCCACAGACAUCACCACCUUCCCGUGCACCUGAGGAACAACAGGACUCAGCAUGCAGUGGGAGACCAGCCUGGGCCUCAGCAGUGGAGCCCAGCUCACCCCUCACCCCACAGCUCCCUGCACUGUGGCCCUCUGAUUCCUGUCACUCCCCAAGCUCACUGAGAGAGAGAGAGAGGAAGAGAGAGAGAGAGAGAGAGAGAGAGAGAGAGAGAAGCAGUGUGGGACGCUGGGUGAGGGCAUGCUUGGGGCUGGAGGACUCAGAACACAAUUUGGUCUUCUGGAUCCAUAACACAAUUACAGCAAUAAAUACAAGUGCUGUGCA